GGGUGACGUGCUGCUUACCUAAUUUUUACACGACGAUAUUAUAGAGAGGACCCUUCUGUGUGUCACUUUGUUUAUGGGCCAACAACAUAGUAGACAUCCAUGGAGAUUGUUAUUGAAAAAAUAACGCUCGGAAAACAGCUGCGCUCUUCCCCCAGCACAACAUAAACAUCUGUUUGGGCGGACACCGUUCCCUGGCGACGGGCCUCGUUUACGCGAGGGCAUGUCGGAGCCGAGGGCCCAGGGAGGGUGCCCGUGGAAGAGGCACAUUGUGGAUCAACUGAAGCGCAGGGACCGGGUGCAGAGGCAUGCCUUCGAGGAGAUCGUGCAUCAAUAUAAUCGGCUUCUUGAGAAAUCCGACCUACAGACUGUGCUGUCGGAGAGACUUCAGACGGACAAGUUUGACCAUCAAAACAGGCAUGACCUCAGCCCUGCAGGAGACGGGGGUCGUGGGGAGGCCCUGCUCCAGGAGAUGGCUCAGAUCCGCAUCCGGCACCAGGAGGAGCUGACCGAGCUGCACAAGAAGAGAGGAGAGUUGGCCCAGAAUGUGAUAGAACUGAACAACCGGAUCCAGCAGAAGGACAAGGAGAUUCAGACCAACGAGACCCAGAUGCUGCAGUACCAGCGGCGGAUCUCGGAGCUGGAGGCGGAGUGCAGGGACCUGCGCGGCAGCCUGCAGGACCUGGAGCGGGCCAAUCAGACGCUGCGGGACGAAUACGACGCCCUGCAGAUCACCUUCGGCGCUCUGGAGGAGAAGCUGCGCCGGGCCUCUGAGGACAACCAGGAGCUGGUCUCCCGCUGGAUGGCCGAGAAGGCCCAGGAGGCCAACCGCCUCAACGCCGAGAACGACAAGGACACCAGGCGCAGACAGGCCAAACUGCAGAAAGAUCUGGCAGAAGCAGCCAAAGAGCCUCUGCCAAUAGACCCGGACGAUGACAUUGAGGUCCUCCAGGUUGUGCAGGAGGACCCGGCCGAAGCCAGAGGUGGCGCCUCACCUGGCCAGGCGAUUAGCCGCACCCCCAGUCGCCGUGUCUCCAGAUCGCCCCCUGGGGGAAUCCUGGACUCCCUCUCUCACAUGUUUGGCAGGCACCGCUCUGCCAGUCUCUCUCUGGACACUGCAGAGACAGAGAGACCCUCAGCAGUGUGUACUGAAGUGCGCCUCCCCACCACUGCCCUGCACAGCUUCGACGCUCAUGAUGGAGAGGUUAAUGCCGUGUGUUUCAGCCCUGGGUCUCGUCUCCUGGCAACGGGGGGGAUGGACCGCAGGGUGAAACUGUGGGAGGUGGUGUCAGGACGCUGUGAGAUGAAAGGCUCUCUGACUGGCAGUAACGCGGGGAUCACCAGCAUCGAGUUUGACAGCGCGGGCUCCUAUAUACUCGCUGCUUCCAAUGACUUUGCCAGCAGGAUGUGGACUGUUGAUGACUACAGGCUUAGGCACACCCUGACUGGACACAGUGGGAAGGUCCUAGCUGCUCGCUUCCUCCUGGACAAUGCCCGAAUCGUCUCCGGGAGCUACGACCGCACCCUCAAACUCUGGGACCUGAGGAGCAAAGUCUGUAUGAAGACAGUAUUUGCAGGCUCCAGCUGCAAUGACAUUGUCUGUACAGAGCAGUGCGUAAUGAGCGGCCAUUUUGAUAAGAAAGUGCGUUUUUGGGACAUCAGGGCGGAGAGCAUCGUGCAGGAGCUGGAGCUUUUGGGCCGGGUGACCUCUCUGGACCUGAACCACGACCGCACCCAGCUGCUCACCUGUUCCCGUGACGACCUGCUGAAGAUCUUCGACCUCCGCAGCAACGCCGUGCGGCAGUCCUUCAGUGCUCAGGGGUUCAAGUGUGGAGCUGAUUGGACAAGAGUAACUUUCAGUCCUGAUGGCAGUUAUGUGGCUGCUGGCUCAGCAGAAGGGACCCUGUUUGUGUGGAAUGUGCUGACGGGGAAGUUGGCCCGAACUCUGGACAAGCAGCACAGUUCUGCCAUCAACGCUGUGGCCUGGUCGCCAUCGGGCGCCCACGUGGUCAGCGUGGAGAAGGGAAGCAAGGCCGUGCUGUGGUCCGACAUCUGAUUGGCCGACGGGCCGUCCCAUCCCGCCCACCUGCGGGGUGCCACCUCCUGAUUGGUCAGCUUAGAAAUGGUGGAACGGUCGCCUCCACGUAUUGACCAAUGUAAAGCCGCGAAGGGGAGAGAACCCCACCCCCCAUGUGACCACCAUAUGGAUGAGAGCGGCAGUCAUGUGACACGCAGGGAGGGGGGGGUACUGUGCUGUGAGGGGUACUGUGUUAUGAGGGGUCUUUAACUCCCACAAUGCCCUUCGGCUGGUCAGUUCUGCUCUCCAUUAGGGCUGAUUUAUACUGUCCCACUGGCGCACCACAACUGUGGAGUGGCCAAUCAAGUUACAUUCCAGAACAUUCUAGCCUGAGGAUAGUGUGUGUUUGUUAUGCAAAAAUGACUGGCAGGAAGUCAUAAACGCAUGACUCGGUGCUUGGCUCUGUGUGCAUGGGACCAUCCUAGAUUAAAAACGGACAAUAGGGCUCUUACUGCCAGCUAAACUACAGAUAAAUGUACCACGUGUGCUGGAGCGGGUGUCUGUACGCGGUGCGUGACUCGGUAAUAAAGCGAUUCACCUAACUCUGCAACACAAAGGGCUAUGUUGUGACCUGCAGUCCCGCCUCGUGGUUGUGGCAUGCUGCCUCUGAGCGGUAUAAAUCAGCUUUUACUGUGCAGAGCGGCGGAUGGAACUGAGGGCUGGUUAGCCAAUAGAAACCCCCUAAACCAGAGUCCGUUGCAAUGAGAAAAGAAAAGAGAUGGAAAUGUAUACACUCUAUAUACGUGUUUAUAUGUCAAUAAUACGCAUAUCGGACUGUUCAGAUAUUUUUGUGCUGCUUUUGACAAGCGUUGUGCUUUGGAUGUUUGUAUCUCGGUGAGUCUUUGGUUGGUGUGAUCUGCGUCUCUUUUGACCCUCCGCAGUUCUCCCUCCCAGCCUCCAGGAGGCUCUGUAGGGGGAGCAGUGGUGUUCAGUCAUUCCAAUCGCUUAUUUUUCUCCACUUUUUUCCUUUCCUUGUUCCUGACCCGGUAAUUGAUCAAGCUUCUUUAAGGACAUUCUCUCCACUUAAAUGUUCCUUCUAGGGGCUAGAAGUAGAAGGUAGGAACUCAAUCUUUCCUUUGAGCAAGGAAACAUCAUCCCAUUUUUUGCCAAAGUAUUAUUUCGGAAAAGCCUGACGUAUAAAUUACCUGUGGGUCCUCCUCUCCCCAUCUGCCACGUCUGUAACUGACGUGACUUCGAGCAGACGUUUGAAGGAACAAGAACAUUCCAUUUGCCUAAUUUACGUUUUCUUGACUUUCCUGUCUUUAUUUCCAUCUCUUCCAAUCCUCUCUCGAUGGGUGGAGCUAGGGGCAAGAAAAAGAACAAAGAAAAGGAAAUAAAGGAGAAAAAUAAGGCAUGGAUUGGAAUGGGCCCAUGGCUUCCCUGGCCUUGUUUGAGUGGUGCUGGUCUGGCUUGCACACGUGGGCCAAAUACUGAAGCUUUUGUGACGAAGCCUAAAGCUAUGUUCUGAGUAUGAGUGACAGUAUGCCAGUGCGUGGCGUUUGAGUGAACCCCUGUGUGUUGCGUAUAUGAGUUAUUUGCACAUAUAAGGAAUUUGGCCUGGUUUGGCUCACACAGAUCACAUUAAACAUACACAACAGCAACCCCAGCGGAACGAUUAAGAGUAACCUAGGAGUAAUUUAGGAGCCAUUAAAGUGCUUGCCUGUGUGUGUGUGUGAGUGUUGUGUGCUUGAUUGGGGAAGCAGAUACAACUGUAUGUUGUGUGUUGUAUGCAAGUAAGUGCAUAUCUGUCCUUGUGUGUUGAAGGUUAAACUGUCUUUUGUUAUUUAUUCCGUGUAUUUAUUGGUUGGCUGGACAACUCCCAUGAGCCUCUGUUUCACCCAGCCAGGGCUCUUGGUUAGACUCCUCCGGCCUCUGUUUACAUGUGAUGUACAGUACUGUACCUAGAAGCCCAAGGUACCUUCCUUCCCUCUGUGAAGCCUAGGAGGCCGCUGGUUUCAUAACUAGAACACUUAAAGGGUAAUGAAGCGCCAUCUUUUGCCCUGUCUCCGCCCACUGCCCUAUUUUCAGAGAUUGGAACAAAGCAUUCGGUGACACGUCAUCGUCAAGAAUGACCACAAGCGAAUGCAAAACGGGCAGGCUAAUUGCAGGGAGCAGGGGUGCAUUAUGGGCUACCCAGAGAGACUGGAGUCAGGAGCAGGGGUGCAUUAUGGGUGACCCAGAGAGGCUGGAGUCAGGAGCAGGAGUGCAUUAUGGGUGUGUAAGGACCUUGUGGUAGAUGGAGAAUAUGAGUAUCCACACCCUCAAAAUGAUGCCUCUAACACAUUGCUCGUUCUGCAGCAGUACUUGAGGUUUAAAAAAAAAAAAGAAAAAAAUCUUAUUUGGGUCACAGCCCUUGGCACCUGAUGCAGUGGCAGGCGUGUGUUAGGCAUGGGAGUUUCCUGUCUGUUAGGUAGGGCUGUGCUUCGCUGCUUCCUGUUGUGGGCCAGGACGGAAACGUCUGGCUUCGUCCAUUCCCCUGUAAAUGCUGAUGUAAUAAACUGCUUCUGAAGCUAAA